AUGAAUAUAUCUAACUGUAGAUCAGUUAAAAAAAUAUUUGAUGAUUCUACUUUUAAUAAAAUUGAUAGAAAAAAAUUAGAAUUUGAUGAUAAGAAACUUAAUAUUUUUUUUGAAAAUGGAAUAAUAAAUUACAGCUUAGUUGAAAUAGUAGGAAGUUGUGGAAGUGGAAAAACUCAAUUUGCCUUAACCUUAUGUGCAGAACAACUUUUGAAAAUUUUUGAUGAAAAUAAAAAUAUAAGUGACUCAGAUUUAAAAGAAAAAAAAAAGGAAAAUAUUAUUUUUUACAUUUAUAUUAAUAGGAUGUUUCCAAUGCAUAGACUAAUUGAGAUUAUUGAAAAAAAAAUGCAAGAAAGAGAAAGAAAUGAAAAUAAAAACUAUAUAGAUGAAAAUAAAUUUAAAGAUAAUAAUGUACAUAACAACAGUAUAAGAGAAAAUAAUUUUAACAAAAAUAGCUCAAGUAAAAAUUAUUUUGAUGAAAAACAAUUUAAUUAUUCAUUUAAAAGGGAUUUAAAAAGAAUACUGAAAAAUUUGUAUAUUCAAAAAGUUAAUGAUGACAAAGAUUUUUUUUUAUUAUUUGAGAAACAUAUAUUUUAUAUUUUAAAAUAUUACAAAAUUUCAUUACUCAUAAUUGAUUCGAUUAAUUCUAUAUUUAAUGCAAAUCAAAUGUUAGACAACCAUAAAAAAAAUCAGUUAUUUAUUAAAAUAUCUUUAAUUUUAAAAAAAAUUUCAUAUGAAAAUAAUUUUUUUGUAUUAUUAAUUAAUAGUUUAUAUAUAAAAAAGGAAUAUAGUGACUUUUCCUUUAAUAUUGCUGAUUAUAUUAUUAGUUCUUCUUGCGCGAACACUAUUUUAUUUUUUAAAAAAAUGAAAAAAAAUAAUGAAAUUAUGAGGAAAAUUAUUAUUCAGUAUUCAGAAUUUUUAAGUAAAUAUAAAACAUUAGAAUUUGAAAUUACUGAUAAGGGCUUUAAUGUUUUAUAA